AUGAGAUACCUUCUCUACCCAAUAUAUAUUCCUUACCAGACUCAGCAUCGGCUUCUGGUCAAAGUACAAGGACUUCUUGAGCAAGCUUUUUUCCACUUUGGCAGGAAGAGUCUCGGUACCUCACAUGAACAGAAGAGAUUGGGAUUGCACCGAAUCAGCUGA